AUGAAAGCAAGAGGAGUUAAUGGAAGGUCUCCAGCCGAGCUUGUGGUAUGCUUCCCCUCAGGAGGGCACCUCUCAUUGAUGCCAAAACCCAUGUAUGACCCAUCCCGGCCCAUUAAGCCUCUCAAGCGCCUACACCCUUCACGACCCACCAAGCACUAUGGCCCAGCCCAGUCCGGCAUUAAGCCAAAGCAUGUGAGCUCAGAGGGCAUCGACGAGCCGACGUCCCCGAAGGUCACAUGCGCCGGACAAAUCAAAGUCCGGCCCAAUACUAAGCCCAAACUCAGGCCCAAGUCCAAGAACUGGCUCUCCGUUGCAAAGGAGAUGGAGCGGCUCCAGAAGCACUUCUUGCACUUGCUAAGCUCCCUCGGAAGCCUCCGCUUCAGCAUGAAGUGCUUCGGCUCUUUUGACAAUUACAUUACGGAUGAAGAAGAUGUUGCAGAAGAUGAUGAUCAUGGUGAUAAUGAUGAAGAGGAAAAUGAUGGUUUUGAAGAGGAACCAUCACCACCACCAUCAACACGACCACCAAAUGCUCUUCAUUUGAUGAGGAGCAAAUCAGAGCCGUCCAAAGGGUGGGUGGGGGAAGAUGAUGAAGAGACGAGUGGUGGGGGAGAGGAGAUGCGUGGCAGUACCAGCGUUAAGAUGAUCAGAGAGGAGGGCGGUGAUGAUGAUGACGAUGAAGAGGAGUUGAUUUUGAUGAGGUAUGGCCCGGAUUUUUGUAAGCUCUCAAUGGAUAUCGCGAAGGAGACUUGGGUUGUUGGGAGCGCUGAUCCGUUGGGGAGGAGCCGGAGUUGGAAGAGCUUCUUGCAUAAGUCAGAUAUAGAGCAAGGUCUAGAGAUUUUAAUGAAAUGA